UUGGGGGGGAGGGGAUACAAUAGAUACAAAUACACUCUGCGACCAUGUACAAUUAUAUCGCACUGCAAUUAUAUCAACCGUGAAGAAUGCACAUUGAAUCUUCACUUAUUUAUUUAUUUGUAUGUAUCGGAUGUAUUUACUGUGGUCACCAGUAUAGGGAGCUGGAGCUCUGUGGGGCCCUGAUUUGACGUGGCCCCGCCCUCGGCCUGUGUAAACCGUCGACAGGCCACUGCAAACCGCCUGUUAUUUCCUCCGAACAAACAGUAUUAGUAUUAACAGCUUAUCUGCAUAAGCGCCUGCUGCCGCCGCCGCUACCCCGCCCCGCACAGUCACGCAUUCACGCACACGGGGCGGGCAAGCUGCGCCGACGCCGCUGCUACUGUCUCUUUAAAUUUACCCAGGAGCCCCUUAAGGAGCCCCAGGGGCCCCUAGUCCGGCUCCCCACCCUGAAGACAAGCAAGAGCCUUAAAAUCCACGAGUGUCGGCCUGCGCGAGGCUCUUUCUCGCCGAGCGGUAACGCGCUGCGGGCUGGGUUUUGCGGGCCAUUCCACGCGUGUGUAUUUGUAUGAAAAGUUAACUUCGCUCCGGUGAGGGGGUCCGUGCGGGGUGGGGUGGGAGGGGGGACAACGCAAGAGCCCGGUCUCCGCCGCGCUCAUAACCGCGGCGAUGGGCUCCUUAUAGGAGAUGCGUGUUUCGAUGCGAAGUGAACACGUUGGUGUUGUGACAUGUUGUUGUUGCGGUUGUGAGACUGUCAAGUCCCGCUACGGCGCCACCGACACGGUGACGGAAGGAGGAAGACGAGGCGGUGUUUCAAGAGCAGCCGGGGCCGCUGAUGGAAGAGCCAGAGUCCGCGGAGCAGCCGGAGCUGCUUUCAUUAAUAAUAAGCGGAGAGGAGGAAGCGACGCCAGAGGAGAGUGACUUAGGAGAGGAGGAUGCUCUUGCCAAUGGCCAUGUAGUUGAAGAUCCAGGGGCUGGCCCAGUUACACCCAUCACAUGUUCCGGCACUAGCUACUGGAGCAUCACAGAAGGCCCAGACCAACCGCUGCUCCUCUCCCCGGCCCCUGGGCCCUCCACACAAAAGGCCAAAAUCCAAAGGGCAUCGCGCCCAGGCCUCAGCCGCAUCCCUGGUCGGGAUCACCGCAGAUACUAUCACGAGUACUGGCGCAGUGAGUACCUCAUGGACUUCGACCCCCAGCGGCAUGGGAUGAUCUGCAUGGUGUGUGGCAGUUCGCUGGCCACGCUAAAGCUGAGCACCAUAAAAAGACACAUAAGACAAAAGCACCCGGACUCACUGCUGUGGAGUGACACCGACAAGGAGGUGAUCCGCAUGAGCUGGGAGAGCCACCUGAGUCUGAGUGGGGGUCAGAGGUCACUCAGCCCUGCUGUUGGACCUCCUGCUCAGGAAGCAGAAGAACAGCUGGAAUUAAGCAAACACAGAGUUGGUGAGACCCCUCACAGCACACCCAUACAGCAGCAGCAGCAGCAGGAGGAGGAGGAGGAGGAGCAGGAGCAGGAUCUCCCCGCACCAUCAGCUGAGACUCUUGAACGCUACCUUAACGACUCGCUGCACGCCUGGUUCCGCCAGGAGUUCCUGAUGGAGUACGAGUCGCAGGCGGGCCGGUUGCUGUGCAUGGUGUGUGGAGCCCAGCUGCCUUCACUCCACCUCGAUCACAUCAAGAGCCACGUCUUGGACACACACCCCGGCUCGCUGGUGUACAGCUCGGAGGAAAAACACUGCAUUCUACAGGCCUGGGCUCAGGCUCACGAGUCUGAAAACUCAAUCAAAUCAGAGCCCAGCACCAAAGUAGGCCACGUCGAACUCUAUGCUCAGGACGCCGAGGAGGUCCAGAUCAAUGCAGACUCGUACCCGCAGUCUGAUGGCACUUUAACUCAGGACACAUGUCUCAUCGAUGAGGACGGCGGUGUGGCAGCCCCGCUGCCAAUCUCGAAGCUCCCGUGUCAGCCCAGGAGGAAGCGACCGCACGCGACGGCGGACCUGUGGCAGCUCCGGCUGGACUACCUGGUGGCCUACGGGCCUCAUGGCCAGGACACUUACUGCAUGGUGUGCUCUCAGGUCCUGCACGAAACCAAGGUGAGCAGCUUCCGUCGCCAUAUUCAGGAAUGUCACCCCGAGACCACUGCCCUGAGCCAAAAGGAGAGGGAAGCCAUGGCUGCUGCCUGGACCAAAGAUUACUCCAGUGAAAACCUGCACAUCCAAGAUGGAGACUCAAGUGAGGACAUUAGCCUUGACGUCACAACACCCACAAAGAUGAUGAAGAAAGAGAAGAGUAAAGGCAGAGAGGUGGGCCCAUCCUCGCGUCACAGCCACUAUCCCGGGAAGGACCAGAGGAGAAACUACCAGAUCCGCUGGAGGAUGGAGUACCUGAUGGACUACGACUCCAGGAGACACGGGCUCAUCUGCAUCGUGUGCGGAGCCACGCUCGCUACACUGAAGGUCAGCACUAUCAAGAGACACAUACAGCAGGUGCACCCACACUCUCUGCAGUACGGGCCGGAGCAGAAGCAGCAGACGCUGCUGAGCUACGACCAGAGGACUCUGCACUUUGUCCUCCCCGAGAACGCUUUCUCCUCCUCCUCCUCCAAGAACCCCGCAGAUGCUGAACUGGAUCCCGAUCCAGAGCGACCUGGCACUUAAAGGGCUGUCGGUCCGAAUGGGACCCAGAAAAAACCCUCCAUUAUCUUUAAAGAAAAAGAAGAAAAAUCAGGUCCAGUACGAUCUUGUUGUUCCCGGCAUCCUGUCUUUGCUUCUGGACUUAAUUUAGGAC